UAUUAAUUCAUUCAUUUGUGGUUUCUCUGCACACCGCUGUUUCACAAUGAGUCAAGGAUACCAAGGAGAAGACUGACACACUUGAAACAUUCGCCAGGCAAAUCAACUGAGAUGGCUUUGACUACAAAUCCUGGACUUGUAAACAAACAGAGUUUAAGCUCACCUGAAUAUCUGACAAUCCAUGCAUUUGAUGGGAGAGUUGUCACCAGAAUCAGCGUUGGUACACAAACUGACUGGAGACAUGAGGAAGAGUGCAGUCAAGGUACUUUCUUCAAAUUUCAUGACUAUAAAUACCCAAAGCAAGAAACAUCAACAGCUCCUCACAAUAAUCUGGGGUUACUAUCUGAGCAGAGCGUUUCUAAAAACAUGAAGUCUGAACUGGAGAUAUCCCCAGAUAAUGAAUUGUUGGAUUCGCUCAGCAAGGAAAGUCCCCAAACUCCUGCAGCCUGCCAAGGAGAAACUGAGGAGUCUCUAACUAAUCUGGACAAGAUCACAUCCUCAAGUGGAUCAGACCCAUCAGAGGAGUCGCUGCAGACUGUGUUGAACAUUUGCUGUUUGCACUGCCAGCAGCUGAAGAAACCCCCAGUGACCAGCGAUCAGAUAGCAAACAGUGUUGACACAAAAGAGUUUUUCUGCUGUGAGAAGGCAUGGAAGAUAUCACAGAUUUUGCUGAAGGGUGCAGCGGUUAUCAGUAAAGAAACCGUGACUGAUUGGGACCCAGCGAUGCAGAAAGAUGAAAGGUUCAAAGGUUUGGAAUUUGAAAGGAGCUUCUAUCAGACCCCUAAAGCAGGUCACACUCUCUCACACACACACUUCCUAUUGUUCAUCCAUGCCACCUUUACCUAUAUUACAGCACACAAACUAGUGUCCGUCACUCUACAUAAUGAACUCACUGAAGAUGCUUCAACUGCCAUGAAGGAAGUUUCAUUCCCUGAAAUAGAAAUUGUGGAUAUUGAAAACACUUUUUCUUUCAAUGGACUAAAUGCUAGACAGAAGAGGACGACACCACUUGUCAAACACUACAAUAAUGGUCAAACAUUUAUUGUGAUUUUCCCAGAUGGAACUGGGCAGGUGUGCUAUCCGUCAGGAAGGCUGGCUAUUCUUCUGUCCGCUUCACAGUCUGCUGACUGGUGUUGUGUGCUGGUCCUGGAGGACAAACAUCUGCAGCCUUGCAUUCAGGCAGUUUUCACCACCAGAGGAGAGGCUACCUGUUAUCACAACAAUGGCAGCAUUUGGGUGAAUCUGACUCCAUGGGGAGGCACCUACUGCAGUGACACAGGAGAUUUGAAGAAACAUUGGGGAUGGCUGGACGAUAAGGAUCAUGUUCAUGCUCCGCCGUACCAGCCCCUUGGCCUGACAAUGAGCCCUAACCUCAACAUCCGCAUCCAAUCCCAAGAGGACAUCUGCAUCACUUUCACCUCCAGCGAACGCAGUGUACGGCUUAAUGUAGGGACAAAAUUGAAACCGAAUCAAGGCAAAGGUCUAAUGCUGCCGGGGCCUGACAUGCUUCAGAGGUAUCUGCAGCAGAAGAGUGCAGAGAUCAAUGUCCUGCUCCAGAACAUCCAGUCCCUCAUCACCUUUCAAAAGAAGGUCAAGCCCCAGCAAAGCCUCAUCUCACAGAUGGAAAGACAGCAGCUGCCAACGAAACAGCAACAGUCUGCCAAGAAGACCCCCUAAAGCCGAUG